AUGAAGUUCCUAGGUUGGAUGCACCGUAAGCUGAUGCACAAUGGAACAGAACCAAACAAGAAAUCCACGCUAGGAAAUGUUUCCGCUUGUUAUUCAGUGCAUGCGUUGUUUGAUGAGCAAAAAGGCUACAAAGAGCCCACCAAGACCAUGACAUACCCGGAUAUCAGGUGUAAAAAAUCUUCAGACAUAUUUGAAUCCAACAAGGGGGAAAUGAUUUUCCAAGAAGAAUCAUUCGAGUCUUUUGACUUUCUCGCGAUUGGUACAUUUGGUAUGGAACUACUCCACACAGACCCCCCAACACCAAAGCUCGCGACACCCCACGAAAAUUGGACUGAUCCACAAAAAAAGAUAACAGAAAAUGAUCUCAAACUCAUAAACUAUGAGCUCGAGAAAUUUCUAGAAGCUGAGGAGAAAGAAAUAGCCCACGACACGUCAGCAAGGAGUAGUCAGGCAAGUAUCAUAACCCUCAGCCAUGCAACAACUGAAGGACUAGCUUCUGAAAGCCAAAUGUAUACCAUGGCUUGCCCUCUCCAAAAUUAUCUCUUUCCCACGUAG